GCAGUUCUUGGGCAAUUGGAAGUUGGCUGAUUGGAAUCCGAGGUUUAUGAGACGUUGAGCCGCGUGCGAACCUACCGCGUCGGCGUUCUUGACCUCGUAUCCAUUCACAUCACCGCAAGAAGACGGACGGUUUGUCGUCCGCGAGAAAUGCGAGGUGUAGGACGAGCUCACGACGUACACCCCGAACAUACCGCGAAUAUCAACCGUCGACGCGAUAGCUUCUCCCAAUAUCCCUCGCGGCGCUCGGGACCGUCUGCUUCGCCAUGUGACCUGCUCGACAUCUGCUCUAUCGUCUUCUGUCGCUGGCGGUGAACAAGCGGUACUGAUGCUCGAUGACCGCAAGAGCCAACUGACCUCCGUCGGGCGCCCCGGGCACUUGUCGGUGGCCAAUCCCAGGAGGUACUCGGCAGCUGCGUUCUGGUGUACGAAUUUCGGCUCUAGAUGCGAACAUGGCUUCAUCGCUCGAAGGUCACCCCGUUCCCCAUCAAAAUGUCCAAGUUCGCUGCCCUGCUCGCUGCUGUCACGCUUGCGGUCACUGUCCGCGCACAGUCGGCUGCGCCUGUCUGGGGCCAAUGUGGUGGCACGGGCUGGACCGGCGCGACCACCUGCGAGUCCGGCUCCGUCUGCACUGUCCUCAACUCCUCCUACUCGCAAUGCGUCCCCGGAGCGGCCACUACGGCCGUCUCCCCCUCCACGACCUCCUCCGCCCCCGCGCCCACCUCGACCUGCCAGAUCCCCCCCGCGUCAGCGGGCAAGCUGCGCUUCGCGGGCGUGAACAUCGCCGGGUUCGACUUCGGGUGCGGCACGGACGGGACGUGCAACGCGUCGGGCGCGUGGCCGCCCCUGACGCAGUACUACGGCGCCGACGGCGCGGGGCAGAUGCAGCACUUCGUCGAGGACGACGGCUUCAACGUGUUCCGGCUGCCCGUCGGGUGGCAGUUCCUCACGAACGGCGCCGCGAACGGGGACAUCGACGAGGACAACUGGACCGAGUACGACGCGCUCGUGCAGGCGUGCCUGGACAGCGGUGCGAGCUGCAUCGUGGACGUGCAUAACUAUGCGCGGUUCAACGGCGAGAUCAUUGGGCAGGGCGGGCCGACGAACCAGGACUUCGCUGCGCUGUGGUCGAGCAUCGCGGCCAAGUACGCGGACAACGACAAGAUCAUCUUCGGCGUGAUGAACGAGCCCCACGAUGUACCAGACAUCAACGCCUGGGCCGACAGUGUCCAAGCUGCCGUCACGGCCAUUCGCCAAGCGGGCGCCACUUCGCAGCUCAUCCUUCUGCCGGGCAACAACUGGACGUCCGCGGAGACCUUCGUCUCGAACGGCUCCGCCGACGCGCUCAAGAAAGUGACGAACCCCGACGGGAGCGUGACGAACCUCAUCUUCGACGUCCACAAGUACCUCGACUCCGACAACUCAGGAACGCACGAGGACUGCGUGACGAACAACAUCGACAACGCGUGGGCCCCGCUCGCGGAGUGGCUCCGGUGCAACGGGCGGCAGGCGUUCAACACCGAGACCGGCGGCGGGAACGUCGCGUCGUGCGAGACGUACAUGUGCGAGCAGAUCGCGUACCAAAACGCCAACUCGGACGUGUUCUUGGGGUACGUCGGCUGGGCGGCGGGCAACUUCUACCAGGGGUACGUGCUCGGGGAGGUCCCGACGUACAGCAAUGGUGUCUGGACGGAUACCUCGCUCGUUGCGACGUGCCUUGCGCCAAAUGCACAAAAGUAGGACUGGAGGGGGGUCCUGGCUAGAUACCUUUUCUCGCGAGUAUACGCAGGGGUGGGGUAGUUUUGAAGUUGUAUCUAUCGUUGCUGCGUUCGCGUACUGCACCCAAGUCAGCGCCUGCCUGCCUGCCUAAUGUGGAUCCGUCCGUUCGUAAC